ACUGAUCAGAAUGUUCUGAUGAUAACAAGGAGGACGUCGCAGCAGCAAAGAGUGUGAUUUUUUAGAGUAGAGAGAAGGCUGAAAAUAGUCUGCUUUUUUUUUUUCUUUUGUAUACAAAAAAAAAAAAAAAAAAAAAGGAAGGAGCUUAAAGCUGUGAUUUCAGUAUACUCUCACUGCUGAGCUCAAACCAAUUUUCCGGCGAAAGAAGAAACCGGAAGAUGAUGAUAUGAGUGCUUAAGUGGAAAUUCCAUUAAGAAACCACCAUUUCAUGAGCAAUUGAAGCUGAAUUGAACUCGUAAUUAGUGAAGAUGAAGUUUGGAAAGGAGUAUUCGUCACAGAUGUUGCCUGAGUGGAAGGAAGCAUACCUAGACUAUAGAUAUCUCAAGACAUUGUUGAAAGACAUACUCAGGUUCAAACGCAAGGAGGAGGAGGAGAAAGGACAAACGCAACAGAAAGCGUUGGUUCGGGAUUUGACGUUGUACAGGUCUUUCAGUGGAUUACACAAACGAAACAGCGAUUUCAAAAAUCCUAAUGGAGUAGGAGAUAUUGAGGAUCAAUUUAUAGUGGUCAAGGAAGUGAAGGGAGCAAACUCGAAUGUGAAAUACGAGACCAAGUUCGUUAUACCGUCUGAAGAUGCAAGUGAGCAAGAAGUAGUUUUCUUUGAUAGACUUGAUUAUGAAUUCAGCAAGGUUGAUAAGUUCUACAAGGACAAGGUUGAGGAGGUUAUGAACGAAGUCGCCGUGCUUAAUAAACAAAUGGAUGCGCUAAUUGCGCUACGGAUCAAGGUCGAAAAUCCAAGUCUUGAUAUGUCUGGCGCAGUAAGAGAUCUCGUGGCUGAUGUUGCUAGCUUGGCUACUUCAACUGUUUCUAACCCAAGCACCCCAAGAAUGCCAAGAAAAGAGCAAAUGUUGGUGAUACAAGAAACGGGGACAGCAAAUGAAAAAGAUCUCGAGGACUCUAAUAAAGGUGUCGAUGUUGAUAAAAUUGAUGGUGCCAAUGACAACUUUAAACCAGCUCCCCUAGAAAUUCUUGAACAUGUUAAAAUCAACAACGAACCAGAAACUCCAAAGUCAACUAUAAAAGCCAUGCUGCACAAGGAUUCCAAAGAUACGAAGUUGAAAUUUAACAGGAAGCAGUUGAAAAAUGCCGAAGAGCAACUCAAGCAGGUUUUUAUUGAAUUCCACUGGAAGCUUCGCCAACUAAAACAUUAUGGCUUUAUGAAUUUGUUGGCGCUGUCGAAAGUGAUGAAGAAAUAUGACAAGAUUACAUUGAGGGGUGCAUCAAAAUCGUACCUAAGAGCAGUGGACAACUCUUACAUUGGCAGCUCUGAUGAGAUUACGACGAUCUUGGAGAGAGUGGAGGCCACAUUUGUUAAGCACUUUUGUAACUCAGACCGCAGAAAAGGCAUGAAAUCCUUAAGGCCAACAGCAAAAAAAGGAAAGCACAAAACCACGUUCUUACUAGGAUAUUUUGCUGGCGGUACGACAGCUCUUUUAGUGGCUCUUGUUUUGGUUAUAAAUGCGAGGAAGCUUGUGAAUAAGGAAGGAAGAACUCAGUACAUGGAAAACAUAUUUCCGCUUUAUAGUUUAUUUGCAUAUAUCAUCCUGCAUAUGCUCAUGUAUGCUGUGAACAUAUACUUCUGGAGAUGUUACCGAGUCAACUAUCCGUUUAUAUUCGGCUUCAAGCAAGGGACUGAAUUGGGAUAUCGAGAAGUCUUUCUCCUCAGUGCUGGUCUGACAUUACUUUCACUGGCUGGUGUCCUUGCAAACCUGGACAUGGAGAUGGAACCAGGCACUCAAAAAUAUCAGACAAUCACCGAGUUAGUUCCUUUGGGAUUAGUUACUCUCGUACUUGCCAUUGCAUUUUGCCCCUUCAACAUUGUAUAUCGUUCUGGUCGUUUUUUCUUCAUCAAAUCAAUAUGGCGCUGUAUUUGUGCUCCUUUCUACAAGGUUACGCUCAUUGACUUUUUCUUGGCAGACCAACUUACUAGCCAGGUCCAGGCCUUUAGGAGUCUUGAGUUCUAUAUUUGCUACUACGGUUGGGGAGAGUUCACCCAGAGACAGAACAGUUGCCGCCAGAGUGCCGUCUACAAUUCUUUCUAUUUCAUUGUAGCAGUUCUCCCAUACUGGUCUCGGUUGCUCCAGUGUCUCCGUCGGUGGGUGGAAGAGAAAGAUGUGUCUCAGGCAUUCAAUGGUUUAAAAUACCUCCUGACAAUAAUUGCAGUCCUAAUGAGGACAGCGUUCGAUUUAAAGAAGGGAACGAGUUGGAGAGUAGUGGCUGGAGUGAGCUCUGCCGUUGCAGCAAUCAUGAAUACUUAUUGGGACAUUGUCAAGGAUUGGGGGCUUCUUCAACGGCAUUCAAAGAACCCUUGGCUGAGAGACAAACUUGUCAUCUCACACAAUAGCGUCUACUUCAUAGCCAUGGUGCUUGAUGUCAUUCUAAGACUUGCUUGGCUGCAAUCCGUUUUGAACUUCCAUGUGACAUUCUUGCAUCGAACAGCCUUAACCACCAUAGUAGCAUGUCUGGAGAUUCUCCGUCGAGGGAUGUGGAAUUUUUUCAGGUUGGAGAACGAGCACUUGAACAAUGUUGGAAAGUUCCGUGCAUUCAAGUCAGUCCCACUCCCUUUCAGUUACUAUGAUGAAGAGAGUAGUGGCAAGGAUGAAGAUAGUAGCAAGGAUGACUAGAAAACUAACAGUUGAAAUGUUACACCACUUGAAAGCCUAAGAGACAACUGAAUGACACACCCCCAGCUAUUCAAAUUUCUGGGGACUUGUAAAUCUAUCGAGCAAACUGUGUAGGCUUCCUGAUGAUUCGAGUAAGACGAUCUAGUGUCAGUAUUCAAAGUUCUUGCCAAUUUCCAUCAAGGUUGAAGAGGUAACUGGUAAAAGCUCUGUCAGAUAUCGUUACCAGAAUGACUGCCCAGCUCUUGUUUUUACGUCUAACAACAUCCAGAAAUGAUUUGCUAGUCUGGUUGUUCAGCUAAGCACAAAGCUAAAGAUCACAUGGAUGGAUAUCAUACUCUCAUGCCAUAGUUUCUGUUUCAUUUUUUUCCUCCCUUCAAGCCAAUCAUUCAACUUGUAAAUAUAUACAUUACUUUAAUUGUAUCUAAAAAAAAUGCGAACAAUCAAUCAUCGGUUUGGAAUUGAUUAGAGAUAUAAACCAAAAUUAUCACUGUAAAAAAUACUACUUUGAUUAUGCUCUUACUUCCUUAAAGUAAACAAAAACUCGAACAUAGAGACCAGAACAUUGCCAGCAGUUAAAUGAAAUCACCAAGGAUCGUCGAGCCCUCUUUGAAACUCUGCUGGACGUGGCUUUCAGAGUUUCAAUUUCUCUUUCAAAUUACAAGGACUUUCUUUAGU